AUGAAGAUCUGGCGAGUGUUGGCCGCUGGGCUCGUAGCGGCGAGUCCACAGCCCGACGAAGAUGAAGUCGUCGAAAUGUGCGGCGGAGUGCCUUGCAACCGAUCUCGAAACCGCGAGCCACAGAUCAAGACUUACGAGCCUGCUCUCCGAGUUCCAGAGAUGUCUCGACGAGACAAUCCAUUAGUCGAAGAGCCAGAAUUGGACUGUCAAGGAGAUUGUCCUGAAUGCAGCCCGCUUUGUCAGAGCGACGGAGAAUGCCACUUCCUUCAGGGUCCUCCUGGUUGCCCUGGUGGACCUGGUGCUCCUGGUCCCACUGGUCCACAAGGUCGCAGCGGACCUGAUGGUCCUGAAGGUCCAGUCGGUCCUCCUGGUGCUCCUGGUUGUGCUGGUCCAGCUGGUCCUCCCGGUGUUGGUAUCCCUGGCCCCUGUGGUAAAAAGGGAGAGCCUGGUAUUCCUGGAGAACAAGGAAGAAAGGGAGACGAAGGUCCACGAGGUCCCUCUGGAGAACAGGGUAACCCUGGUCCAAUUGGUCCUGAUGGUCUUCAGGGUCCUCCCGGUAUUGGAGAGCGUGGUCCUCGAGGUCCACAGGGAGACGAAGGUCAGCAAGGUCCCCCUGGUCCAGUUGGUCUCCGAGGCCCAGCUGGUCUUGAUGGCAAACCAGGUCUUCCUGGUGAGCAAGGUCUGAAGGGUGCCAUUGGUGCUACUGGUCUCGACGGUCUUGAUGGGCAAGAUGGUCUUCCAGGAGAACGAGGUCCACGAGGAGAUAUUGGUCCCCCUGGUAAACCUGGCGAGAAUGGUAUGCCUGGUGCUAAUGGUAUCAAUGGCAAGCCUGGUGAGCGAGGUCCACAAGGUCCAAUGGGUGACUCUGGCGGACGAGGUCUUCCAGGUCUCCCAGGUCCAGUCGGUCCCGAAGGUGCCGUUGGUGAGCCCGGUUGCAAGGGAGAAGAUGGUCUUCCCGGCAAAGAUGGUGCCCCAGGUCUCAACGGUCAGGCUUCGAUGAAGCCUGGUCCAGUUGGUCCCCGUGGUGCUCCUGGACCAAAGGGUGACCAAGGAAACCCUGGUAUCGGCAUUCAGGGUGAAGUCGGUCCACAAGGUCCCCCUGGUGUCCCUGGUGAAGCCGGUCUUUCAAUCAAGGGCGAUGUCGGUCUUGCUGGUGAACCUGGAAUCUGCGAGCAAGCCUGCUCUCCACAAGCUCAAGUUUCCUUCAUGGCUGCUUUGAGCCAGAAUUUCAUCGAGCGCGGCGACGCCAUCACUUUCGACACUGUCUUGACCAACCAGAACGAGGUCCAGCCCAAUCAGCCAGCAUAUGAUCAAGAGACAGGAAGCUUCAACGCCCCAGUCGAUGGAACUUACGUUUUCCAUGUCAAUCGAUGCCAAAACUCUGGGCCACUUUUUGUCCAUUUGAUGAGAAACCAAGAGAUGGUCGCUUCUGGAACCAACCAGGAUGUUCGAUUUGAAACGACUUCUUGCACCGCUGUUCUCAUCCUCAAGAAGGGUGACUGCAUCUGGGUCAGGCUUAGACAAGGACAUGUUUACGGCCAUUCUCCAAGUCACUACUCGACAUUCUCUGGCUUCAUGCUUGCCCCCGCCCGAGACGAUUAA